ACAAACAACUCUCAUUUCUGAAGUUACGAUACCCUCUCACCGCAAUGCGGAACGGUUGCUUCCUGAUCCCUUUCACAGUGAUACUAUGGAGCAGUUUUGUUGUGACCUUGGUGGCUGAUAGAGUAACCAGCAUUACCACUGAUCAAGAUGCUCUUCUUGCCUUGAAAGACCACAUCGUUAAUGACCCUCAAAACCUGCUGACCACCAACUGGACUGCUACUACCUCUGUUUGCGACUGGGUUGGUGUCACUUGUGGAACUCGCCACCGUAGGGUCAGAGCCUUGAAACUCUCUCACAUGGGUCUUACAGGUACCAUCCCUCCACACUUGGGAAACUUGUCCUUUCUAGUUUUUGCCACCUUCUAUAAUAAUAGUUUCCGUGGCUCUCUCCCGGACGAGUUGGCUAAGCUACGUAGGCUAAAAUACCUAAGCUUACAAAAGAACUACUUCGGCGGGAAGAUCCCAUCAUGGUUUGGGUCCUUUACUAGGCUCCACACGUUGUCUCUAGCUAAUAACAGUUUCACUGGUGCGAUUCCACCGUCAUUAUUCCACCUCUCAGAGCUAGAUGGCUUGGACUUGUCCAACAAUGAUCUUCAAGGGCACAUUCCAGGAGAGAUUGGCAAGCUUCCCAAGUUGAGGAUACUGUAUUUGAGUCAUGCUGGCCUUUCAGGUUCCAUCCCCUCUGCAAUCUUCAACAUUUCUUCAUUGCAGGACAUUGAUCUUACUGGAAACAUGCUCUCAGGUUCCAUGCCCUCAGCUAAUGUCACCAUGUCCUCACUUCGGAUUCUUGACUUUGGUUUCAAUAAUCUAACUGGUAGCUUGCCAUCAAAUUUGUUCAACAAUCUUCCCAAUCUGGAAGGAUUGUACUUGAGUUGGAACCUAUUUCAUGGCCAAAUUCCUGCAGCUUUAUUUGGAUGCAAACAACUGAAAAAUCUCUCUUUGUCUUAUAACAAUUUUGAAGGAAAGAUACACAAAGAUAUCAGAAAUUUGACAGUGCUUGAACAGCUAUAUCUUGGCUACAACAAAUUUAAUGGAACAAUUCCACCGGAGAUUGGUAACCUAGUGAAUCUAGAGAUAAUCACUUUGUCAAUGAACAGGAUUGGUGGCCCAAUUCCCGUCAGAAUCUUUAACAUCUCAACAUUGAGAUCUAUCGAAAUGACGGGAAAUUAUCUCUCAGGCCAUCUUCCAUCAAGCAUAGGUCUCCAGCUUCCAAAUCUUGAGCGACUUAUCGUAGGAGGAAACGAACUCAGUGGUCCAUUCCCUGUCUCUCUCUCCAACGCUUCUGAACUCCUUACACUGGAAUUGAGUUCAAACUUUUUCUUUGGUCCUAUUCCUGAUGCAUUUGGCGAUGAUUUAAGGAACCUAAGAUAUCUCAAUCUGGGGAAUAAUAAUUUUACCAGCAACUCUCUAUCUUCAGAGUUGAAUUUCUUAACGUCUUUGACAAAUUCCAAGAAUUUGAGACUAGUAUUACUGAGCCUUAAUCCAUUGAAGGGGACUCUCCCGAUUUCAGUAGGAAACCUCUCUUCUUCCCUCGAAAACUUUGUUGCUGAUAGUUGCCAGAUUGAAGGCAGUAUACCCGAAGGAAUUGGCAACUUGAGUAACUUGGUACGUUUGAGUCUAAAAGACAAUGAUCUGAAGGGAACCAUUCCAACUACAAUUGGAAGAUUAAGGAAGCUCCAAUCUUUAUCAAUUUCAGGAAAUAAUUUAGAAGGGUCCACCCCAUCUGAUUUGUGUGAUAUAGAGAGUUUGUCUUUCUUAUAUCUUGGGGAGAAUAAGCUAGUUGGAUCAGUGCCUUCAUGUUUAGGCAAUGUCAGUUCUCUAAGAGAGUUAUCAAUGGGCGCCAACAAUCUUACAUCCACAAUACCUUCGACCUUAUGGAGACUAAAAGAUAUCCAGCUACUACAGUUAUCAUCAAAUUCUUUAAGUGGCUCUCUCCCACUAGAUAUCAGCAAUCUGAAGGUUGUAAGGCAUUUAGAUAUAUCAGGAAAUCAAUUAUCAGGUGAAAUCCCAUCUAGCAUCGGGGACCUCAAUGAUCUAGCUUAUCUCUCUUUGUCCAAUAAUAGAUUGCAGGGGCCUAUUUCUCGAUCAUUUGGUGACAUGGUAAGCUUGGAAUUCUUAGAUUUAUCAAGAAAUAAUCUCUCAGGAGAAAUUCCCAAGGACAUGGAGAAACUUACAUAUCUUAAAUAUUUCAAUGUGUCUUUCAAUGGACUUCAAGGGGAAAUACCUGGUGGAGGACCAUUUAAAAAGUUCUCAGCUCGAUCAUUUUUGGGGAAUGAAGCAUUGUGUGGUUCCCCUCAGAUGCAAGUCGAACCAUGUAAGACUAGAGGUCGUCAUCAAUCGAAGAAAGCAACUGCAAAUGUAUUUAAGUACAUUUUACCAGCGAUUGGAGCUGUAGGAAUGGCUAUGGCCUUUACUGUCCUCUACGUAAAGCGUGGCAGUAGGAAUGAGAAGAAAAAACAAGGAGAUUUUCCAGAUUUAGCAACAUGGAGAAGAGUUUCAUUUCAAGAGCUUGAGAGAGCAACCGAUGGAUUUGACGAGGUCAACUUGCUAGGUACGGGGAGCUUUGGCUCAGUUUACAAGGGGUUGUUCUCAGAUGGAGCGAACGUUGCUGUAAAGGUUUUUCAUUCGCAGCUAGAGGGAGCAUUCAAGAGUUUUGAUGUUGAGUGUGAGGUGUUGCGCAGCAUCCGCCAUCGAAAUCUUGUGAAAAUCAUCACAAGUUGCUGCAACAUUGACUUCAAAGCCUUGGUGCUUGAGUUCAUGCCUAAUUGGAGCCUUGAAAAGUGGUUGUAUUCCCACAACUAUUUCUUGGAUCUCCUACAGAGGUUGAACAUUAUGAUUGAUGUUGCUUCGGCACUUGAAUACCUUCAUCAUGGCAAUGCAACGCUCGUGGUCCACUGUGAUUUAAAGCCUAGCAAUAUCCUGCUUGAUGAGAUUAUGGUCGCUCAUGUGAGUGAUUUUGGCAUUGCUAAACUCCUCGGCGAAGGGCACUCCAUCACACAAACAAUGACACUAGCUACUGUUGGUUACAUGGCACCAGAGUAUGGAUCCGAAGGGAUUGUUUCUGUCAAGGGUGAUGUGUAUAGCUACGGUAUUCUGCUGAUGGAAACUUUUACUAGAAGAAAGCCCACCGAUGAAAUGUUUACUGGGGAAACGAACUUGAAACUUUGGGUCAAAGAUUCAUUACCUGGUGCAGUAACUCAAAUUGCAGAUGCUAACUUGAAAGAUCAUGGAAAAUAUCCUGCUGCUAAAAAAGAUUGUCUGUCAUCCAUUCUAGAAUUGGCCCUGCAAUGUUCUGCAGAACAGCCUGAGCAGAGGAUAGAUAUCGAAGAUGCUCUCACUACUCUCAAAAAGAUCAAAGCAAAGUUUCUAAAGGAUUCGCGAAGGAUUGAAACUUCAUAUAUUUAGUUAAAAAUUUUGUCCCUGUCUGUCUCUUUUCAGAAGUCUGCACCAAGUGUCCUGUAAAUCUCCAUUCUUGUAGUAAAUCUUAAUAGCAGAACCUUGGUAAUGUGAUCACCAAACAACUGUAAUGAAUAAGAAACUUCAUCA